AUGUCGGAGGAGCACGAGAAAAAGGAACCUGUGGAGACGCUGACUGUGAAGGGCGCUGAGGCUGAGCACGACCCCCAGUUUGAGCCUGUGAUCAAGCUGGAGAACCAGGUUGAGGUGAAGACGCACGAGGAGGAUGAGGACGUCGAGUUCAAGAUCCGUGCGAAGCUCUUCCGUUUUGACAAGGAGGGCAAGGAAUGGAAGGAGCGUGGCACUGGCGACGUUCGUCUGCUGAAGCAUAAGGAGACGAAGAAGGUUCGUCUCGUUAUGCGUCGCGACAAGACUUUGAAGGUGUGCGCGAACCACUUUGUGUCGCCUGAUAUCAAGCUGCAGCCGAACGUCGGCUCGGACCGCUCGUGGGUGUACAACGUGACGGCCGAUGUGUCGGACGGUGAGCCUGUGGCGGAGACCUUGGCCAUCCGCUUUGCCAACUCGGAGAACGCCGAGCUGUUCAAGAAGGCGUUCGAGCAGGCGCAGGCUACGAACAAGGAAGUCUCUGGCGACAAGCCAUCGGCGGAGACGGAGGACAAGAAGGAGGGCGAGAAGGAGGACAAAAAGGAGGACAAAGAGGACAAGGAGGACGAGAAGAAGGAGUGA